CAAAGUAGAAGAGUUCUUAUACCUGCUGGAUUGUUUCUUCAGUGCAAUAGUUUUAGGGGAACCUCCUGGUACACACAGCACACGUAUUUAUCUCUCGGAUCAGGGCUCCAUAUCACCAGUGAUCUGAAGCAAAAACGAGGUUCCCCGCAUGGAGGCAGCAGUGACCACUUCGAGGGUUCCACAGACUCCGUGGUCAAGCACUGGCACACAGAGCUGGGCUCAAGGGCUCACUCCACCUCGGCCAUCCAUUUAACCCCUUCUAGCUCAACCCCCAUUGCCAGGCACACAGGCCUGCCCAAAGGUUACAAUUCUGAUGACAACCUUUGUGAGCCAACCCCAGAUCUAGAGUUCACCAACCACAGGCAGCAUGUGUCCCGACCCCAUAGCUUAGAGAGCAGCAGGACAGCAUCAGGCAACAGCUCACCUCUUAACCUAAAAGGGUCUUGUGAUCGUAUCCACGGCAGAUCUGAAAGCUUUGGGAGUGAAGACCUGGUCCCCAGCAGGGAUGUGGCCACUUUGCCUCGAGACGUUGCCUUGAGCCGCUCAGUAGCAUUAUCCGUGAGCAGGCAAGAACAUCCUCCACCCAGGAAUGGGCCAAUCCCACAGGAGUCUCUCCAGAAGAACAAUCCUGGCCAGCCUCAUGCUACCAGGCAAAGCUCUGCCUCUCCAGGCAGUGAGAUGGUGACUUUGGAAGAAUUUUUGGAAGAGAGCAACAGGGGAUCCCCCUCCAAUUGGCGACACAGCUUAGACGAGACUGAAAUGAUUUCAUUGCAGCAGUUUCUGUUAGAAGCUGAUUCACUGUACCCUUCUUGCCAUUCCUCUUCUCAUUUCUUCCAACACCCGGAGCCCCAGGCACUGGAGGACCCAGUCCUUGGGCCUACAAUUCAAGAGGAGAUGCUGAGGCCAGGAGUGGGCAGGGCCAACCGGAGAACAGCGUCCCUGUAUCUCCCAAGGUGUGGGACUCUGAUCAACUUGGGCAUCCAAAGGGGGGAAUAA